UAUCAAUAUGUUUGCCAAAAUUGUUGCUUUAAGCAUUGUACUAGCAGUGGCCACUGCAGGUCUCUUACCGGAACCACAUUACUCGUCGGCUGCGGCCGUCUCCUCUCAAAGCAUCGUCCGUCACGACCAGCCACAGCUCCAUGCCACCAAAUAUGUAGCAGCCGCUCCAGUAGCCGUCCACGCCGCUCCUGUAGCAUACCACGCAGCCCCUGUCGCCUACCACUCCGCCCCCGCUCACUACUCGUCUGCUGGCGCCGUCUCCUCCCAGACCAUCCUACGUCACGACCAGCCUCACGCCACCAACUACAUCGCCGCCGCUGGCCCCGUCCACUACGCCGCCGCUGGCCCCGUCCACUACGCCGCUCCUGAAGCCAGAGUGAUCGCUCCAGCCCAUAAAGUACUUGUCGCCGGCCACCAUGAAGAAGAAUAUGCUCACCCUAAAUACGACUUCGCUUACUCUGUGGCUGACGGACACAGUGGCGACAACAAGUCCCAGCACGAGUCCCGCGACGGCGACGCUGUGCACGGCGAGUACACCUUGCUCGAAGCUGACGGCUCAGUGCGCAAGGUUGAGUACACCGCUGACGACCACCACGGCUUCAACGCUGUUGUUAGCAACACCGCCCCCGCUCACCACGCAGCUCAUGCCGCCCACGCACCCGUCCUUCUGGCUCAUCAUUAAUCAUUAAAUUGUUGCCUAGUCAGAUUUAAAUAAUUUAAGAUGCCUAUAAAAUUGU